UAGGUACUGACAGCCUCAGAAGGGGAACAAGAAGAGCCCAGAGAAGAGAUCAUGAGUUCUGUCUGGGCAGUCGUGUUGAAGAUCAAAAGGUCCCAGGGUUUGGAUCUGUAACUGAGGCUUUAACAGAAAAUCUUUAAAAAAAAAAAAAAAGUAGAAGUUAGAAUACACCUGGAACUUUUAACUGACAUCGAACUCCUCUGAAUGCCCUAAAGGACCAAGAAAGAAUGAGCUAUUACGGAAGUAGCUACAGGAUCGUCAAUGUGGACUCCAAAUAUCCAGGGUAUCCUCCAGAGCAUGCCAUCGCUGAAAAGAGAAGAGCAAGAAGGCGCUUGCUCCACAAAGAUGGCAGCUGUAAUGUGUACUUUAAACACAUUUUUGGAGAAUGGGGGAGCUACAUGGUUGAUAUUUUCACCACUCUUGUGGAUACCAAGUGGCGCCAUAUGUUCGUAAUAUUUUCUCUGUCUUACAUUCUCUCCUGGUUGAUAUUUGGCUCCAUAUUUUGGCUCAUAGCCUUUCAUCACGGAGACCUAUUAAGUGAUCCAGAUAUCACCCCUUGUGUUGACAACGUGCAUUCAUUUACGGCUGCGUUUUUAUUCUCCCUUGAGACCCAAACCACCAUAGGGUACGGUUACCGCUGUGUCACCGAAGAGUGCUCUGUGGCUGUGCUGACAGUGAUCCUUCAGUCCAUCCUAAGCUGCAUCAUAAACACCUUCAUUAUUGGAGCAGCCUUGGCAAAGAUGGCAACUGCCCGGAAGAGAGCCCAGACCAUACGCUUCAGCUAUUUUGCCCUCAUUGGUAUGAGAGACGGGAAGCUUUGCCUCAUGUGGCGCAUAGGUGACUUCCGACCAAACCAUGUGGUAGAGGGCACCGUGAGAGCCCAACUUCUGCGCUAUUCAGAAGACAGUGAAGGGAGGAUGACGAUGGCGUUUAAAGACCUCAAACUCGUCAAUGACCAGAUAAUCCUGGUAACUCCAGUGACAAUUGUCCAUGAAAUUGACCAUGAGAGCCCUCUGUAUGCCCUUGACCGCAAGGCAGUGGCCAAAGAUAAUUUCGAGAUUCUGGUGACAUUUAUUUAUACUGGUGAUUCCACUGGGACAUCCCACCAGUCCAGAAGUUCCUACAUCCCCAGAGAAAUUCUCUGGGGCCACAGGUUUCAUGAUGUAUUGGAAGUGAAGAGAAAGUACUACAAGGUGAACUGCUUGCAGUUUGAAGGAAGCGUGGAAGUCUACGCCCCCUUUUGCAGUGCCAAACAACUGGACUGGAAGGACCAACAACUCAACAACUUGGAGAAAACAUCCCCUGCCCGAGGAUCCUGCACCUCUGACACCAACACCAGGAGGCGGUCCUUUAGCGCAGUUGCCGUGGUGAGCAGCUGUGAGAACCCAGAGGAGACCGUCCUGUCCCCACAAGAUGAGUGUAAGGAGGUGCCCUAUCAGAAAGCCCUCCUGACUUUAAAUAGGAUCUCCAUGGAAUCCCAGAUGUAGUCCUCCUCUCCGACCCUUAUCUAAAGGCCAGAAGCUGUAAGCAUGAUUUUUAACACAAUGUUAGUUCCGUGAUUUGGGGCAGGAAUAGAAAGCAGAGCAGGUUAAACUUGAUGAAUUAUUAUCUAAAAAUUCCACAAUUUUACAAUAUUAAAAUUUGUCUUUGGCAGUAGAGCUUGUAUUAGGGAAGCGAUUAAGAAGCUUAAUUGAUUACAAUUAAUCUCAUUAUUGCAUAUACUUGUGUCUCCUCUUGAAGGUGAAAUAUUUAGGAGUUGGGAGGAAGAGGCUGUUAAACUAGAUAAAUAUAGAGAAGCAGAUAAGCUAAAUAUUUGCAUAUAAAAAUAAAUUAAUUAUGGAAUGAGAACUUAUGAUCGUAUUGUAUCACCUAAGCACAGCAGGUGAAAUAUGCCUCCGCUCAGAAACAUUGAGAUAAGAAAGUAAAACCAAGUGAAGUUUGAGUUUACCAUAUUUGCCUCUCAUAGUAUCUUGGUAUCAGCAGACAGAGAUGUGGCUUUAAGAAAGUGAAAAUGCUAUCAAGUCAGCAAUAAUUGCCUAAAGUGUUAUUAGUGAAUGCUGGAAGCCAGAACCAACCAUGUGACAGAAGAAAAGGGACAUCAUCAUGUAAAUUAGUAUUUCUCUCUUAAAUACCUUGGUUCAACCAAGCCACUGGGGAGCGGAAGGGAGGCGGUGGCCUUUCUGUGUGCUCCCUGGAGAAGGUUCCUGUGCUCAUAAUCCCACUGUGCUCAAGCAUUUGUGAAGAGGCGAGGUGGGAUGCAGGAGUGGGCAGCAGCUGUAUGUAUCCUCAGACCUUUGGAGAAUAGAUGCUAGAUGCUCUUGAUUCCUGAUCCUGAGAGGCUACGGUGUGGGUUGAGGAGAAUUCAAAGAGAGAGAACCUUUCCUGAAGGCAGAGGAUCAGUAUGUAUGGGGACCUGAGUUGCAGGUCUGAAUACUUUUGUCAACAGUGAUAUUGAUUUGAUUGUAUAUAAGAGGAAUAAACUGAAUAUUAUAGGGCGGCUUAAAUUUUAGAACUUGAGAUAAAUGUUUAUUCUCUGUCUUCAUGUUAAAGGAUUAAGUUAAUUCCUGAUUCCUUUUUAGCCAGAACCCAGCCACAGACACCGUAAGCUUUAUAAACUGAAGAAUUAUUAGCCAUGGCUUGGCAUCAUUGGUGCAAUUUUCCCCACUGUUGCUGAGCUAGGAAGGAGUACAUUAUAUGGCUGGUAUUGAAUUUAAGCACAUACACAUUUUGAUUCUUUUGGUGCCUUCUUUCUCUCUCUUCCUCUUAUUCUCUCUCUCUCUCUCUCUCUCUCUCUCUCUCUCUCUCACACACACACACACACACACACACACAUACACACACACACACACACACACACACACACACUUACUUAAAUUUAAUCCCAUAAGCACACUGAACUGAAUCACACAAUUCAAGAUUACCAAGCUAAGUCAAAUAAAUAGAUAUUCUAAAGGGGCCUCUUUUUCUUCUUUUUUCUGUCAUUUUUUUCUCCCACUCCCUUUCUUUCUUUACCUCUCCCUUGUUACCCAGGAUCAAUACAGAAUACAGAGUAACUUUUCUAAUGCACAUGUGUAGAUAAGUCUUUCGUUCCUGCUGUCAUAUAAAUAAGAGAUCUGUUCAAGGGGCAUGUUAAAAACUGUCCUGGACUUCUCAAUAUCUGAAACCUAAAUCAUGUUUAACCUGCAAUACUUGGGAAUGGAGAUUACAUUAGUUAAACCAUAGAGCCAUGUAUUUAUACACCCACACAUCUGGCAUGCACACACACACACACACACAGGGUGGGGUGAGGCAGGUGAGACAGACACACAGAGAAAAUUCAAAUUUUUUACCAGGAAUUACUUGUCUAAAUUAGAAUAUUACCCUUUCCAAGGCUGGAAAACAUCUCUAACCAUGCUUUCUCUACCAGUUUGAAUUUGUUUUCCUUCAAGGCAGGUACAAUCCAGUGCACCAGGCACUGUCCUCCUAUGACAAGAUCAAAAUGAAGGGGGGGGGGGCGUCAGGGAUCACUGGUCUCUGAUUAAACAGAUUCUGGUGCACUGUGUGUUCAUACACAGAGUGGAACGUGUGGUCCCAUGCAUCUCUCAUCUUCUGUGCAGAUUUAUAGCAUGCUUCGACAUGCCUGAUGACUUACUUAAUAAAGAUCUUAGACUGGUGCAAA